GAACUGGCCGAAAAGCAGCGCAUAAUCGAGCGUCAAAGCGCAGAAAUCAACGAGCUGAAACGACAAUAUCAAACGGAAAUCGAUCGUCUCAAAGCCGAGCUGGUCAACCUGGAGAAUAAAUAUCAGAAUGAACUCGAGGAUGAACGUGAUCAACACCAACGGGAGAUUGAAGCGCUCAGAGCUGAGCAAGACGAUUUACGAAGCAAGAUUCAAGUGCUGGAGAAACGUCUGGAAGAGUGUCUGGCCAGAGAGAAGUUGCUGCAAAAGGAGAAUCUGAGCGUUUUGAAUCUUAUAAGAUUUAGACAUGCGAUUGACUCUGGCAAAAAUUUGUUUUCUCGCAAUGUCUCAGCAGUUCUGCAUGCAUCUACGGUUCUAAACUCUCGAAAUGUGCUCACUUGA